AUGGGUGAUGAAGCAACGCAAGGCAGCUUCGCUUUCAAGCAACGCCGGCUUCUUACGAAGCGCGGGUGCUGGCUUGGACGAACUGUCACGCGGUGGUGCCAGGUCGAGAGAGACGAGCUUGUGUACUAUGCAAGCAAAGAGGCCACAGUGCCAAGAGGAAGAGUUGCCCUCACCGAGUGCGCCCUCGGUCGAGAGCAUGACCAACUUGAGCCUUGGCCGAAGGCGCAGGUCGCACCCUCGAAGGUUUCCAUCUCAAAGACGCUCCAGCUUGUUCGACCGGGCAAGAGUCCCAUCCUCAUCAACGGCACGUCUGAAGAGAUGGCCUCCUUCGUUGCGUUCAUACUUAGCCGCAAGAAGAAGCCGAUUGCAGAAACCUUGCCGGAUUUGCCUGCUUCUCCAACGAUGCCAGAGAUACCUCCAAUAGGUCCUCAAUUCAUGCCGUAUUCCAAAAGCCGCGAACCAGAGACAACUUUGGCGCGAAUAGCUUCUCGAACGUCAGAGUGGUCUGCUCCGGUUCCCGAAGAGCUGACUGAAAGCACAGACAUCUCACCUGGCAGCAGCAGCUCAACAUCAAAGGCCAGGCAAUCUCAAGCUUCUGUUUUCCAUGAGGUCGUACACGGCCUGGGUCCAAAGCUGGCCUACCGGAAGGCAAUGGAACUAAUGUGGAACUAUGAUUUGCAGGCAGCACGCGUGCUGCUGGACCCUUGGAGGGCAACAGUUUUGUGGCAUGCUGCAGCUUAUGCUGAGUGCUCACUUUUGCGAACGAUCCUCACCGGCCGGAAGAGUGACGCUCUUGCGACUCUGGAAAUGAUAAAGGUGGCCGAGACGCUGCGUGAGAACUCUUCCACGUCCCUGGCGCAUGAGCUACUUGCAGCGGAAAUCUUGCUGAUGCGCAGCUUGCUACAAGUCAUGCUGGGCCAGCGUCUGCGUGCUUUGUACAACCUGCGCCAAUCCUGGUACGCGUACUUUCGCCUGGAACAGAGCCUGGAAAGCGAAAGCGCACUUCAAAGCUGUGCCCUUGAUGUGGAGUGCGUCUUGACGUACGAGGAUUUGAGAGGACGGAUUCUUUUUGGUUUGGGCUUUUUCUACAUGGCGACCUCGUUGAUUCCCAGCAGCCUAGUACCGCUCAUUCGUUUGGCGGGCUUUUGCAUGCACAGAGAGAGGGGCAAGACGUAUCUCUUCGAGUGUGUGGAGCGUGCCUUGGGUGCCCGGGCCACUCCUGCAGCGAUCCUUCUGGCCAUGUACCACUUGGACUUGGAGCCUGACAUGAAGCAUGCUGGCAACAUCCUGAUCGCAAGCCUGGGCCGGCAGCCAGAGAAUGCACUGCUGCAUUGGGCAGGCUCCUUGCUGGCCUGGCGGAACACAUUCAUGGCGCAGGCGGUAUCCAUCACCAGCAAGGCUUUAUGGUGUUGCGGAGAGGAGCUGGGCGAGAAGGCUGUCUAUCUGAGGUAUGAGUUGGGCAUGUUCCACUUCAUUGCCAUGGAGUGGCCUAAAGCUCACGAGCACCUCAGCUGUGUGUACAACUCUGUCAAUUCUGACAAGGUCUUCUUCCCGUACCGCUCACUGGUCACCACCCAGCUAGCAGCUGUUGCCUUCAGUAUGGGUCAGGAUGAGCAGGGUGAAAGCUUGUGCAAGGAGUGCGCAGCCAUGCAGGAUUGGAGCACGCUCUUGAAGAUAGAGUCCGACUUUGCACGAAUUUUGCAGAUCUUCCUUCGACGAAGACGCAGGCAGCGCCAGCUUCUGGCCUUUGAAGUCAUGUACUUCCUGCGCCAAUUUCCCAAGGUUCCUGCGCACAUGCUGCUUGCGCUGAAAGAAAGUGUUCGAAAGACGACGAAGCCCUUUGACGAGGACACUGAGUGGCAAAACGAGAGUGCGGGCACGGACGAGAGCAGCAUGGUGGAGAUGGUGAGUGCCCUCACUCUCCAAGUAGUCAUUUGCUUCUACCUCGGCGAUGCCGAAGCCGCAAUGGUUUUCAUUCCAGAUUUGUCUCAGCUUUGCCCUCGGUUGCCCGCGUGGGCGAUGUACUUGUCCGCCCACGGGCUGUACUGGUGUGGGCGUAUCCUUGCUCUCACGGGCAGGGACACUGACGCGCGGACCUGUUUCCAGCAAGCCAAGAUGUACAAAAAGUAUCCUUUCAACAUAUCCGUGAAGAUAUCGAAGGUGCUGGCUGAGCACGAGGAGCAAAUGGCGCAGCAGGAGGAACUAACCAGCAGUGCUUGCUGA